AACAAAAUGCAUUUCUCGGAAACUGAAGGUCCUUGCACAUGCUCUAAUGGAGCAUCCUAAUCUAGGAUGUUACGGGCUGUUCUUGUGGUUUGCCGAGUUGACUGAUUUUGGAUAGAUUCCUUUCAGCUGCCAUGUUGACAAGAAAAUAUCAUUAGAAUGAAAAAGACAUCAACAAAAAUUAAAUGCAAUGAAAUAAAAACGAAACCUUAAAAAUGAAAAGGUGAUCUGCCAUGCAUUCUUAUCCUCCUUACCACCUUCCAUUCUUGUGCAAAGUCUCUUUGAUGGCUACGUCAAUUUCACAAUGCUAUUACAAUAUCCCUAAAACCUUUGCCCAACUCCAAACAUUAAACAAAACCCACGUAGCGAACCCGUCUCUCAAAAUCCCUAAAUUCUCUCGGAAGAUAAAAAACUCCCCUCUUAAAGCGACAUGCAACCAAGGAAGCCUCGAAGAAGCUUUUGUCUCAUUUUCUGCUCUUUUCACUGACCAUGGCAACUCACUUCUGAUUAACCCUGACGAGGUUUAUGCACCAAUCCUUGAGCUUUGUGCAACCAAGAGAGCACUUUUACAGGGCCAACAAAUUCAUGCCCAUUUAAUAAAAUCCAAUUUAGUGUCUGAAUUUAUGUUUUUGAGCGCAAAACUUGUUUCUAUGUAUGGCAAGUGUGGGUCUAUUUUGGAUGCGGGCAAAGUGUUUGAUAAAAUGCACGACAGAACUAUUUUUACAUGGAAUGCUAUGAUGGGUGCUAAUGUAUCAAACGGAGAACCUUUAAGAGCCCUUGAAUUGUUUUGGGAAAUGCGGGUUUUGGGUGUUCCCUUUGAUUCCUUUACUUUUCCGUGUGUACUUAAAGCGUGCGGUGUGGUUGAGGACAUACACCGCGGGGCUGAAAUUCAUGGUCUGAUAAUUAAAUGUGGAUAUGAUUCUAUUGUGUUUGUUGCUAAUUCUCUUGUUUCCAUGUAUGCCAAGUGCAAUGACAUACUCGGAGCAAGGAAACUGUUUGAUAGAAUGAAUGAAAGAAAUGAUGUCGUGUCAUGGAAUUCUAUAAUUUCAGCCUACUCUUUGAAUGGGCAAUGUAUGGAGGCAUUGGGAUUGUUUAGGGAAAUGCAGAAGGCUGGUGUUGGUGCAAAUACUUAUACUUUGGUUGCUGCUCUUCAAGCUUGUGAGGAUUCUUCCUUCAAGAAACUGGGCAUGGAGAUUCAUGCUGCUAUUUUAAAAUCAAAUCAAGUACUAGAUGUUUAUGUGGGCAAUGCUUUGGUAGCUAUGCAUGUUAGAUUUGGUAAAAUGAGUUAUGCUGCUAGAAUUUUUGAUAAGUUGGAUGAGAAGGAUAACAUCACUUGGAAUUCCAUGAUAGCAGGUUUCACUCAAAAUGGUUUGUAUAAUGAAGCUUUGCAAUUCUUCUGUGGUUUGCAAGAUGCUAAUCUAAAACCAGAUGAGGUUUCUCUAAUAAGCAUCCUUGCUGCGUCUGGGAGACUGGGUUAUCUGUUGAAUGGAAAGGAAAUUCAUGCUUACGCAAUGAAGAAUUGGCUCGAUUCUAAUCUACGGAUUGGAAAUACACUUAUAGAUAUGUAUUCCAAGUGCUGUUUUGUGGCUUACGCUGGCCUAGUUUUUGAUAAGAUGCUCAAUAAAGAUCUCAUUUCCUGGACAACAGUUAUAGCUGCCUAUGCUCAAAAUAAUUGUCAUACUGAGGCUUUAAAAUUGCUGAGGAAAGUGCAGACGAAAGGGAUGGACGUAGAUACAAUGAUGAUAGGAAGCACCUUGCUGGCUUGCAGUGGAUUGAGAUGCUUGUCCCAUGCAAAAGAAGUUCAUGGUUACACUUUGAAGCGAGGUUUAUCUGAUCUUAUGAUGCAGAAUAUGAUCAUUGAUGUGUAUGCAGAUUGUGGGAAUAUUAAUUAUGCAACUCGAAUGUUCGAGUCAAUAAAAUGUAAAGAUGUGGUGUCUUGGACGAGCAUGAUAUCGUGCUAUGUACAUAAUGGACUUGCAAAUGAAGCACUCGGUGUUUUUUACCUGAUGAAAGAAACCAGUGUUGAACCUGAUUCUAUAACUCUAGUAAGCAUCCUCUCUGCUGCUGCUAGUUUAUCUGCCUUGAAUAAAGGAAAAGAAAUUCAUGGUUUCAUAUUCCGGAAGGGUUUCAUGUUAGAAGGAUCUACAGUGAACUCUCUAGUCGACAUGUAUGCUUGUUGUGGAAGUCUGGAGAAUGCAUACAAGGUAUUUAUUUGCACCAGAAGUAAAAGUCUAGUUCUAUGGACAACUAUGAUCAACGCAUAUGGAAUGCAUGGACGUGGCAAAGCAGCUGUUGAAUUAUUUAGUAUAAUGGAGGACCAGAAACUAAUUCCCGAUCAUAUUACCUUUUUAGCACUUCUUUAUGCAUGCAGUCAUUCAGGACUAAUCAAUGAAGGUAAAAGAUUGCUUGAAACUAUGAAAUGUAAGUAUCAGCUGGAGCCAUGGCCAGAACAUUAUGCAUGUUUGGUUGAUCUUCUUGGCCGUGCAAAUCACUUAGAAGAGGCAUACCAUUUUGUGAAAAGCAUGCAGAUUGAGCCUACUGCUGAAGUUUGGUGUGCAUUCCUCGGGGCUUGUCGGAUUCACUCAAAUAAAAAACUUGGAGAAAUUGCAGCACAGAAGCUUUUAGAGUUGGAUCCAGAUAGUCCAGGAAGUUACGUGCUGAUAUCCAAUGUCUUUGCUGCCAGUGGUAGAUGGAAAGACGUGGAAGAAGUAAGAAUGAGAAUGAAGGGGGGUGGGUUGAAGAAAAACCCUGGGUGCAGUUGGAUUGAGGUUGGGAACAGGGUUCAUACAUUCCUUGUAAGAGACAAGUCUCACCCAGAAUCUUACAAGAUUUAUCAAAAGUUGGCUCAAAUUACUGAGAAGUUGGAGAAGGAAGGAGGCUAUGUGCCUCAAACCAAGCUUGUUUUGCACAAUGUAGGGAAAGAAGAGAAAGUUCAGAUGCUUUAUGGACAUAGUGAAAGGCUGGCAAUUGCAUAUGGUCUGAUGAGCACUUCUGAGGGAACCCCUAUUAGAAUUACAAAGAACCUUCGAGUUUGUGUUGAUUGCCAUACUUUUUGUAAGCUGGUUUCAAAAUUCCUUGAAAGAGAACUGAUUGUGAGGGAUGCCAGCCGAUUUCAUCAUUUUGAAGACGGAGUCUGCUCUUGCGGUGAUUUCUGGUGACUAUACAAAUUUGUUCCUGAAAAUUUGGCUCGCAUAGGAUUCUUAUGGAUUCUAUUGUUUCCUACAAUACCCAUUACGCUGCUGUUACCUUGCCAUAUUCCAACACGGAGUUAAGAUGGGUUUUAGGUCCUGAUUGGCAGGACUAUUGAGUGAGCAUUAUUCAGAAAGAUUUCCUUGUUCUAUCCCUGAAGUUGCCUCUGCGGUGCACUUCUUAUGCAAGACUUGUAUGGGGCAACAAUGAGGUACCCUUCCCAUAUUAUUAUGCCGAGAUAAAGGUGGUAUGGGGGCAGAUUUAGACACGUAAAAUUCUUCAGUCUCAUAUAUUCCAGGUUCAAGUUAUCAAAUUAUUUGCUUCCGGAGUGAUUGCGUGUACAUUCAAAUAGAAUGAGCCCAGGGAGGGAAAUUGUUAACCCGUAGACUAAAAUCCAGGAUGUUUGUGACUUUAUAAAAUCCAGGAUGUUUGUGACUUUAUGGUGAUUAAGCUAGUCUUCAAAUUCAAUAACAAAAAGUGUAGGGAGUUGCCAACAAGUUUCCUUUUGGGGAGAUUUCUUUUUUCUGGAUGUUUCUGUGACAGUCGAAAUACAUAUCUGAAACUUCAAUUAAAAAAGGCCGUUGAUCAGGCUGCCUCUUGUUACUCUCAAAGGCGAUGAGCUUUGGUUCCAAUCACAGACCAAAAAUCAGAGCUUCUGUUCAAGCCCGCAACUUUACAACGUUCUAAAAAGCACGAUCAGAGUUCUCAUUUUACUCCCAAAGGCUGAAUUUGCGGUAGAGGAUCACUCAGCUGCUGAGUCUCUGCUGGAGCCCAUCUGGAUUUAGUCCCUUGAAGUAACCUCUAUCCUGAACCACAAAUACAGAAUGAUUGCUGCUGAAGAUGGAUUUUUGGCCGUCCUGCAUCUGGCUAUUAACAAGCCUAAUGGUGAAUUGCAGCUGGAAACACAUUGUCAAUCAUGAGAAGGGAUUAAAAUGUAUAUACCAAAAUAUGGAAGCUCGGAAAAAGAAAAGGGAAAAGUAAAAGAUGUGAGGAGGUAUGUAACUUCUGCCGGCUCAUAUUAUAUUUCUGACCGUGGUUACAAAAAUAUAUAAUAUUAUUACUUUUGUGGAAGAUUUUCUGAUU